CGUGUCCUCGUCUGGAAUGCAUUUGUCUUGGCGCAUCGACUCCGUACAAUCGUACCUUCGGGGAGCACACGGCCAGCUAUUGGCUGCUUCCGUUCAAAACAAACGACGCGUCGCGUCGGUUUCGAUCCACGCUGCGAACGCCUGAAAUUCGGUUCAGUGAUUCAGUGUUUAGUUGUUUGUGAGACUUCGAACGGUUUGAGCUGUAUCGCUCGCGUUCUAAAAAAUUGUUAUUGUUGAUGCAUAUAAAUAAUCGAAAUUAGGGAGACGUGAGAGUUUCAAACGUACGUUUUAUGGUGAGUGUUGCUAUUCAGUGACGAAACUGUUUUCGGAAACUGAGAGUAAGUUUUGUGUUUCGGCUACACCUAAAAUCGUGUGUUGUUUACCUAUUUUACGUGCUGAAACUGGAAUUGUGUCUAUUUGAUGUGUGUAAAACAUUAACUUUUUAACAUUAGAUACAGUAAGGAUUGUCUAUCGUUCUCAGAUAAGAAUUUAUUAUUAAGGUUGAAGAAAAUUCGAGGACCACAUAUUCAUUUCCUUAUUUGGGUUCCACCGACUGAGUUUGCGAGAGUGUCUGAACGUCGGUCAUAGAUGAUUGAAAAAACUUGAACACGUUCCCGAAACAAAAAAAAAUGGAUGCUGUGAUCUAUCGGCAUCCAUGUUGUCGCCGUUCGUCAGUGUUUCUGCUUCUUGUUGCAGCUUUGGCUUAUUUGGUGGUAGAAUCGGCAGCCACCCCCAACCAGUGCCUCACAGAUCGGCCUGAAGUACAUCCUAAAAGGGGCCUCUACUAUGAAGGUAAGUCGAGGAACAUUACGCUGGAAGUGUCGAGUCGGGUGUCGCACCAACUUAUCACCAAUGUGUUUCAAAUAUUUCUAAAGGAAGUCCUGGGCUAUCCGAACGUACAGAUGGUUAACAAGGAAAACUACGAAGUCGAAUCCAUACUGUACGGACUUUCUGGGUCACCGGAAGAACUAAAUGACACGGUGCCGCAAACGAUGGUUAAUUUGGAGGUUUGGGUAAAUUCAAGUUUCGACGUGAACCAAGUGCUAAGUUGGCGACACGUAAAGGAAUGUGGUAAUGUGGCUCCACCGCUGCGGUUUGGAUGGUUUAUCCCGUCUGAACUGAGUAAUCCCCUUAGACAAAUACCUUCGCAACCAAACGGCGAAAUACAUUGGUCUGUUUUCAAGAAACCGUCUCACGCCUCCGUGUUCGAUAUCAACAGCGACUUCUUCGAAAAAUAUAUACGGGAAUACACUUUCAGGAAUAAAUCAAACAAUGAAUUUCACUGCAACGACCCAAAGAUCUGCAUGAAUGGUGUACACGUUCCUGACCGUUGUAGAAAAGGCGAGAAAUGCGCUUUGCUUCUGGCUCCAGACUACGACAGCACCAGCUUCCUGAUCGAGCAUAUCGAAGACCUAAAAGUGUACGUGAAAGUUGCAUGGUUGGGACCACACUUGCAACAUGUCCUGGCGCAACUCAAAUCAGUCUAUAAACGUAUAAACACCCGCACCAACAGCAUUAUCUUCUUGAGUUGGUACCUGAGCGAGAUCGUCUCUGACGGCCGGAAUUUUCUUGCCGUGUCUUUCGAUCGAUGCGACGUUCUCGAUCCAAAAUCGGUCGGUUGCAAGUACGAAAUGACGCGACUGGUCAAGUUUACUUGGAGUAAACUCGAGAAACAUGCGGAGAUUGCAAUGCUCGCCAUCAAUAACUUGAAAUUCAACGAGACAGAGUACAAGAGCCUCUUGGACUUGUACAGUUCCCGUCACGAUCAACUUUCGAUGGCCGAGAUCGCGUGCGAAUGGAUCCGGAAACACAAUGACGCGAUCGAUCUGUGGAUCCCCUCGGAUCGGGGUAAGAGCGAAAUUCACAUUGGUGGUAUAUUUCCUUUGACGGGAUCGUCGUACGUGGGUAACGGGAUCUUGACAGCGGCCCUAAUGGCCCGCGAUGCUGUUAACAAUAACGCCACAAUUUUACGUGAUUAUCGGCUCAAAUUGAUCGCAACGAACGGCCAGUGCGAGGCUGACAAGGUGAUGAAGGCCUUCAUCGACUUCCUCAUACAAAAUUACGAACAUUUGGCAGGUGUUCUUGGACCGGCUUGCUCCGAUACGGUCGAGCCCUUGGCCGGAGUGUCGAAGCACUACAGGACACUUGUGAUCUCCUACAGUGCCGAAGGCGCCAGUUUUUCCGAUCGCGAAAAGUAUCCCUACUUUUUUAGAACGAUCGGUGAAAACAAGCAGUACAAAUACGUCUAUUUGCAAUUGUUCAAGAAAUUUGGUUGGAAACGGGUCGCUGCCCUUACCGAAGAUGGACAGAAAUACACGGAAUACAUCUCACAGAUGCAGGAUAUGGUCGAAAAGGAAGGGAUUAGUUUCAUUACUAAUACCAAGUUCCCGAAGGAGAGGGAGUCGUAUGCUAUGAUCAGGUACUUGGAAGAUUUGAAGCGUAAACGAGCGAGGAUCAUUAUAGCUGACAUUUAUGACGAGGUUGCAAGAUCAGUUAUGUGCGAUGCAUAUCAUCUGGAAAUGACCGCAAAACAGGGGUACGUGUGGUUUCUUCCUUCUUGGUUGAAUGCAACUUGGUACAACACAACAUACUUUAACGAGAUACACAAGGAAAACAUCAGCUGCUCCGUAGAAAACAUGACCGACGCGAUAAACGGCUAUUUCUCGUUGUCGUCGGCAUUUUUUGCUCCCAACGAUUCGAUAAUGCAAGAAAACAUUACCGUAGGAGAAUGGCGGGAAAGGUACGCAAAAAACUCUUCAAUUCUUGGCGCAUCGAAUUACGCGGGUUUCGCCUACGACGCCGUUUGGGUGUACGCUCUUGCAUUGAAUAAACUUGUCGAAGACAAUCCCAUGGCCAUUUCCAAUUUACAUUCUCCAGAGACAACCGAGAAAUUUGUGGAAUUGGUAAAAGCAACCGAUUUCUACGGUGUGUCUGGUCGUAUAAAAUUCCGCGGGGGACCUUCUCGGUUCUCAAUUGUAAACAUUUGGCAAUGGUUGAAUCAUGAACUGAAACUGGUUGGAACCUUUAGCCCCAACAUAUCGAACGACAAACCAGAAAUAUACGGCGGUCAACUGGAUAUCAAACCAAAUUCAAUCGUUUGGUUUACUAAAAACAACAGAAAACCCGACGAUGGUACUCUGCCCCCGUCUGUAUGUGCUCUGAGUGGCGUGGCAUAUUUUCUUGGGGUGGAGUGUGAAAUGGCCAUCAUCAUUUUGAAUUUAAUUGUCGCAACAAUUCUGGUAACUGUACUCAUCGCGGCAGUAUUUGUUAUCAAAAAGCGCUACGACAAAAAGGUCCAAAUAACGCAGAGAUACAUGAAAUCGCUAGGAAUAGAUCUGCUUAGUGCCUCGAAUAUUGCUGGGCUUGAUAAGUGGGAGAUAGCCCGUGAAUCAGUAGUUAUUAAUCGAAAACUGGGAGAAGGCGCCUUUGGAACCGUGUACGGAGGUGAAGCAAACUUCCCCGAUUCAGGUUGGCUUGCCGUUGCUGUUAAAACCCUUAAAGUCGGUUCUACAACUGAAGAAAAACUCGAUUUCCUGUCGGAAGCCGAAGUAAUGAAACGUUUCGAACACAAGAACAUUGUCAAACUUUUAGGGGUUUGUACAAAAAACGAACCUGUUUACACCGUUAUGGAGUUCAUGUUGUACGGUGAUCUAAAAACGUACCUUUUGGCCCGUCGACAUCUCGUUAAAGAUAAGAUGUCUGAUGAAUCAGACGAGGUAUCUCCGAAAAGACUGACAAGUAUGGCACUGGAUGUCGCCCGAGGACUUAGUUACCUCGCAGAACUGAAGUACGUCCAUAGGGAUGUCGCAUCCAGGAACUGCCUGGUAAAUGCUCAGAGGGUAGUAAAAUUGGGCGAUUUUGGCAUGACCAGACCCAUGUUCGAGAACGACUAUUAUAAAUUUAAUAGAAAGGGUAUGUUACCGGUAAGGUGGAUGGCACCCGAGAGUUUGACACUGGGAGUGUUUACUGCUGCAUCAGACGUGUGGAGUUACGGAAUUUUGCUCUACGAAAUCAUCACAUUUGGGAGCUUUCCCUUUCAAGGGCUGAGCAAUAAUCAAGUGCUAGAACAUGUCAAGGCUGGAAAUACAUUAACUAUACCUCAGGGGAUAAAACCACAAUUGGAGGGACUGUUAAAGUCCUGCUGGAACCAAGACAAUAAACUUCGGCCCACAUCGUCAGAAAUAGUCGAAUUUCUGGCCAACAAUCCUCGCCUACUGAUGCCCUGUCUGGACAUUCCCCUUUCGUCUGUUCAAAUGGAGGAUACGGGCCAAUUGGAAAUGCAUCUUCCUGAACAGUUCCGCAAAUGUUCGUUGUCUUUGAACAACACAUUAUCGACUAAGGUGAAGACGAACGGCGACUUGACGGCCACGACGACGCCGUCAUCGAAAAUAAACGGCCUGCGACACAAUAAUUCGGACGGGGGCACUGUUUCGAUACCUAUCGAUAAGUGUUGUCUUCGCGAGCCGUUACUGGGACCGAGCAGCCGUUCGGACUCGUUCUUGCGACUUGGUAAAUAUGUGUCCGUGCAAUAUAAUCGGACGGACUCAUCAGUGAGUGAAGGUGACGACCACAACGAUUACUGCAAUCAUAAUCCACCGAAUGGACAUGCGAUCACGCAACUGUAAGUCGAAUUCUAGUUUGUAGGAACCGUUUGGGUUUUUUUUUUGAGACUGAUUGACCGGCGACUUUUCUUUCUUUUUGCUCGUACAAGCGUCCCCCGUUUAUAACUGUUCCUCAGUAGUAAAUAAAACGAUAGAUACAUGACAUUUUUUAUUACGCGUGUAAAUAGACCGUUAUUUAAUUAAUAUACCUCACUCUGAUUACAAUAAUAUUGCAGUUUAGGUUUAUCUUGAGUCUUUUAUUUUUGGUAAAGGGUGAUAUCAGUGUUUGAAGAGUAUUGAGCGUGCAACAGAAUAUAUAAAAAAUGUUUUUAAAAAGCAUUAUGUUAAUUGCAGUUCCUAUUAAAUGGUAUGAUGAUAAAAAAGAAAAAAAAAACAGUUCAAUUUCUCUCCCAAACGAAGAUAUAUAUCUUGUUGUAAAAAUUGACAAAUUUAUAAUAUUUUUUGUAAAGGAAAAAAAAGGAUAGAAUCUCAUCGUUGUAAUUUAUCGUUAACUGAUAGUGUAAUUUCAAAAAUUUGAAGACGAA